AUGUCACGUAUGCCAUCUAGUUUCGAUGUUACAGAGAGGGAUUUGGAUGAUAUGACCUUUGGCGAAAGGAUCAUACAUCAUUGUAAGAAACAGCCAUUGGUACCCAUUGGGUGCCUACUGACUACUGGUGCCGUCAUCCUAGCGGCCCAAAAUGUUCGUCUUGGUAAUAAAUGGAAGGCUCAAUACUACUUCCGUUGGCGUGUGGGUCUACAAGCAGCCACAUUAGUCGCGCUGGUCGCAGGUUCAUUCAUAUAUGGGACUUCUGGUAAGGAACUGAAGGCGAAAGAGGAACAGUUGAAGGAGAAGGCCAAGAUGAGAGAGAAGUUAUGGAUCCAGGAACUAGAAAGAAGAGAAGAAGAAACGGAGGCUAGGAGGAAAAGAGCCGAAUUGGCAAGGAUGAAGACACUUGAGAACGAAGAAGAAAUAAAGAACUUAGAAAAGGAACUAAGUGACCUGGAAAAUAAGCUCGGAAAGAAAUAA